AUGGACCUGCAGACGGGGCUGUCCAGGGCUCUCCUGCUCCUUCUGUUCCUGCACCUGAUGCCGCUAGGUCGUUCGCACCCGCUGGGUGGCCCUAGCCCAGCCCCCCACUCGGAACUGUCCGGAGCCCAGGAGCCGCCGGACCAUCUUCCGGGCACAGGGGGGAAAUCACAGGAGGAGCAGGCCGCCCCGGAGCCCCCCCAGCAGGGACGCGGGUCUAAGGCAGUCGGGGAGACCAGACGUGCAGCUUCCGCUGCCGGCCUCGGGCCCCGGGACGUCCUCCGCGGCCCCAAGAGGAUGCGCGACUUGGGCUGCUUCGGCGGGAGGAUGGACCGCAUCGGCUCCUUCACGGGUCUGGGCUGCAAUGUGCUGAAGAGGCCUUAG